AUGCCACCUCCCGUGCCUCCCACAGAGCUGGUGCCGUCGGAGCGCGCCGUGGUGCUGCUAUCGUGCGCGCUCUCCGCGCUAGGCUCGGGCCUGCUGGUGGCCACGCACGCCCUGUGGCCCGACCUGCGCAGCCGGGCGCGGCGCCUGCUGCUCUUCCUGUCGCUGGCCGACCUGCUGUCGGCCGCCUCCUACUUCUACGGGGUGCUGCAGGACUUCGAGGGCCCCUCGUGGGACUGCGUGCUGCAGGGCGCGCUCUCCACCUUCGCCAACACCAGCUCCUUCUUCUGGACGGUGGCCAUCGCCCUCUACCUGUAUCUUAGCAUCGUCCGCACCUCGUGCGGCCCCGGAGACGGCCGCCUGCUUUGGGCUUUCCACGUCGUCAGCUGGGGGAUUCCACUGGUCAUCACCGUGGCUGCUGUCACUCUAAAGAAGAUCGGCUAUGACGCCUCGGACGUGUCCGUGGGCUGGUGCUGGAUCGACCUGGAGGCGGAGGACCGCGUGCUGUGGAUGCUGCUGACCGGGAAGGUGUGGGAGAUGCUCGCCUACGUCACGCUGCCCGUGAUCUACCUCCUCAUCCGGAAGCACAUCAACAGAGCGCAUGAGGCUCUCUCCGAGUACCGGCCCCUCGUGUCCCAGGCGCACCAGCUCCAGCGCCGCACCUCCACGGCCGAUAAGAAGCUGGCCCUCAUCCCGCUCAUCUUCAUCUGCCUCCGGGUCUGGAGCACCGUGCGGUUCGUCCUGACCCUCUGUGGCUCCCCGGCAGUGCGGACCCCAGUGCUCGUGGUUCUGCACGGGAUCGGGAACACCUUUCAGGGGGGCGCCAACUGCAUCACGUUCGUCCUCUGCACCCGCACUGUCCGGACUCGUCUCUUCUCCCUCUGCUCCCGCUGCUGCCCUCAGCCUUCGGCUGCCGCCGAGAGCCCGCUGGGCCCCCCAAGGCCUCUGCACCCUCCACGAUGGGCGGUUCUGGGUGUGGGUGCUGCCGACCUGGGGCGGGCGGCGCCGAGUCCCCUCUGCAAGGAGCAGGGCAUCAGCUGCACUGUCCGCCUUCGGCUGCCGAAGCUCGAGCCCCGUGGGGAGCAGCGCAGACUCAGCUUGUCUACCUACUCAGCCCUCAAGCACGGGGCCCCAGAGGCCUUGGCUCAGAUGGUGCAACAUCGAUGCCCGCUGGGCAUGGCCUCUAAGGACAGGCCUGAGACCUGGGUUUCCCCAGACCGGCUGCAGCCGGAAAACACCCGCAGAGGGAGUCGGGGCUCAGAGAAGAACAUCUCCGUGUGCCCGGGCACGUUCUCCCUCACGUUCUCAUUCCACCUGUGCCCUCCCUCGGUGUCUACUGGCCGCCGCGGGGCUCGAGGGUCCCGGGCUGAGGAGGCCGCGGGCAGGGCUGAGGCGAACCCGGGGCAGGGGCGAGGGUACAGCGACCCACGGCCCCAGCAUCCCGGCGGCCUCCCUGCCGCGUUCUCUCCGCUUGCGCUGCGCUCCCGCCGCUGA